AACCGAAGCCAGAUCAUUUUUCUGCGAUUGGUGGCUUAAGAGGUUGCUCAGCGCAUUUAUAUGUUUGGCUCGCGCCUUUUCCUCCAUACAUAGCCAUCGAAAUCUCUUUCCUCCACACGCGAAACAACAUCGCUCUCUCCGACUCACUUGUCGCUCUGCCUCGGACCCCACCAUGUCUCAGCAGGAUCUGGACCGUGCCUAUGGCCGAGCACCUAGCAAUGGAUCCCCCGAACAGUAUUCGGUUCACACCCGCUCCAGAUCGACCGCACAUGCGCAGAGUCCAAAGCGGCUGUCCGUCUUGAGCGGCCGUUCUCGCAGCAACACCACCAAUUCCACGACUUCCUCCUCCCGUCGUUCACCGGGUUCCUCGAUGACCUCGGUCGAUGGACCCUCCCUGCCCUUCUAUGAAGACCGGGCCAGCUCGUCGGCCGGCUUUCGUUAUGAACGCUCUGAGAGCGUGACGAAAUCGAUCCUGUCGCGUGGUAGUCGCAUUCUGCGUCGUCGGGGGAGUAAAUUUCACAUAGUCUCAACGCUGGAUGAGGAGGACGAGGUGGACCGUGAAAAGUCCCGAUUUGAGGUUUCCGAUCUCUUUAGUCGACAUCACAAACCACGGCAGAGCGACGCACAUGAUCAGCUGAAGAGCUUGAUCUCAGAUCCGUUUGACUUCCACCAUCUGACUCACACAAGUCCGUCUCAGUUUCAAUCUCUCGAGAAGGCUCGGGAGACUGACUUGGUCACCGAAUUCUCGGCGAUUCGUGCCUCUCAGAGACCUGUCACUAACCUCAAGGGUAUUCAAGCUGAUGAUCUGCAUUUCCGUGAUUUCUCAUCAGAGGACCUUAACCAAUACAGGAUCGCCAUCGCUGAGAACGAUAUUGCUGCCGAUACGAUACCAGUAAGCCCCCCAGCAUCGCCGGAUGGCUCCUCGUCGAUCAGUCCUAAGCAGCACGAUAUCCGAGGGCGCCCAGAGUCGCGCGUUUUUGAGAACUUCUCGCGACCUGUUCCCAGAGCUCCCAAGGGACCGGACAUGGCUACUUCUCCCCUAAGAGCUUCUUCCUCAAGGCUAGCGUCGUCUCCGGAGCUGCCUGAGCCAGCUUCUCGGGCCAUUGACGAGCUUCUGGGCUUGUCCAGCCAGCCAACAUACCCUGAGCAUGUAUACUCGCAGGACGGUGACGAGGAUGAUGAUGUAUGCCGGGGUUCUUCAUGGUCUCAACUAAACUUGCAGGACAUGUUCGCAGUGCCUACUCCCCAUGCACUUACCACGGAUAUUGGCAAGGAGAGACUUGAUGCGAGGGCAUCGUCCAUGUCUCUGACAACUCUGUCCUCUGACCUGGAAGGCGUACCGGAAGAAGAAGAAGGUGAAGAAGUAACACUCAUGACCUCGGAUCAGUGGUUCGAGUCUGAGCUUCCCGGUGACAUGCGAUCAUCUCAGACAAUCACAGGCUUCAGCCAGCUCCCGUUGGUCGAGAUCCAGUCAACUUCCACGGCUGCUCCUUCCACCUCUGGCCUGUCCUUACACAUAAUGCAAGACCUAACAAGGAAAUUCUCCGAGGCACUUGGCUCUCCUACUCUUCCUCAGGAACGUCCAAUACCAGAAGUACCACCAGGAAUUGAACAAGCUGGCUCAGAAAUUGCGAGAAGAAGGUCUUUGAUCGCUCCGCGAGCCAUCCAUGAAACCUUGUAUGAUUCGUGGGAGGCUGAUAUCGAUUAUUGCUACCAGCAUGCAGCCGAAUCGAAUUCGAAUUUCGAUUGGACCCGCAAUUCCAUUGACGAGCCUAAGGCGGAUGUGAUGGUAGGAGCCGACAUUGGCCCAAAUCACAAUGACAGCAUGGUCUCAUUCAGUCGUCCAAGCGCCACCGCCGUGAUAACCACGGACUUAGACUCCAUUCCGUCAUUCUCGGAAGUCAGCUCUCACGUGGCUGUUACGCCUUCCACUGCUGAUUAUGACUCUAGCGUGGCCUCUCUCCAACGAGAUAGUGAUUACUUCCGUCCUGUCAGGUUCGAACCAGCCUUGAUCAAGACAAUGAACCCCGAGUCCUUGUAUGAGGACUAUCUCACCGCAGAUGCGGAGUCGGACCGCCAUUUCUCAUAUUACUCGCAGCAAGGUGCAAUUCAGCCCAUCGAGCAUUCCAUCUCUCCCCGAAGCAGCUUCUCCCCGAUCAGCAAGUGCAAUUCUCAAGAAAGUCUGAUUUUAUCCCGCGCAGCAUCAAUUGUGCGCAAACAUCGGUCAUCUGUUUCGACCGCUAGCGUUCCCGAGCUAGUGCACAGUCUGGCAAACAGCCGAGAGCUCAUCUCGACUGAACAGAUGCUCUCACUCACUAGCGAAUACACUGCGGGUGGACAGCCAGACUCCCCACACCAUAGACAGACCAAGAGCCUCGCACGGGAAGCCGAAGCACAAAGGCUGUAUCACACGGAGUCGGAUGCAAGCUUCAGCCCUGUGGGGUCGGGCCCUGCUAUUAUUUCUUCUAUCCACGACCGAGCUAAGUCCACGAGCGAGGUUGAAGCAGCACCCUUGGUCGCCGCCGCUACUUCCAAGGUGGCGCCGCGUCGUAAAGGCAGAGCAUCCUAUUCCCUCUUUCCAGCGGCUGCGAAUUGAGUUAUUAUGUGGCCUGUACAUUUGAUAGACCGACGCAUCUCAUUAAAACUAACCAACUCAGUCACUUCGCAAUUCGGACGCGUCCUGGUUAUCUUCACUAGUCGUACUGCCAUCGAACGUCUUCUAUGAAUUUAUGAUCUCCAUCACCU